AGAGCAUUCAAAAUAUCUCGAUCUCUGAAGAUCGGAAAAUUGCGUGCGAAUGGGGAGCGACGGCGGAAUGACAGCGUACGAGCGGCGGAGGCUGGAGAACAUUAAGCGGAAUGAAGAAAUGCUGGCGGCGCUCAAUGUCCACUCCAGGCUCAAGGAUCUCUCCGGCGUCGGUGCCGAUAGGAAGAGGGCACAGAGUAAAUCUUACAAACGCAGUCCUGUAAAGAAGCCUAAAGUUGAAACCCCUGUGGUUCUCCGCCGGUCACUAAGGACUCGUGGAGUGCCGCCGGAUGCUUCUACAGCCGGUGGUCUACACGAUGAUUUCAACGAUGAAAAGCAGAUUAAGAAAAUUCCGCAGUUGAAAUCUGAGAAAUCCUUUCCAGAGCCGAAGCCUAUUGCAAUGAAGGAUGCUUACAUGGGGAAUGAUGCAUCGGAUCAGAAACUCAUCGAAACCAUCAACCAGUGUGCUAAUGAAGUUAAAAAGAGCGAAGGUGAAUCAAGUUACUGUGAUUCUAUUCAUAACUUGGAGAAAAGAAAGGGCUUCGAGGUUAGUGUCGAGUCAUUCGAGUUGAAGCCUGAGAAUGUGGCAAGAUUGGUGCCGGGAAGGAUUAUGAGUGUGCGAUUUUUUCCCACUAUAAAUAUGCAAAUGGUGGUGGCUGGAAACAAGUAUGGGAAUAUCGGGUUAUGGAAUGUUAAUGGCGGGGAAGGAGACAGCGACGGGAUUUAUUUGUAUCACCCUCAUCCAGCGCCUAUUUCCGGAAUCGCCAUAGAUCGAUGUUCCAUAAAUAAGAUGUACACUUCCUGCUACGAUGGGUUUAUCCGGUUGAUGGAUGUGGAGAGAGAGAUAUUCGAUCUGAUUUACUCCAGCGAAUCGACUAUAUACUCGAUGUCCUUAGGUCUGCACAACACAAAAGCCUUAUACUUGGGCGAGGGUAAGGGAGGAAUCAAGGCAUUGGAUUUGAGAGCAGGAAAGCCAUUGCUAACUUGUGAUGCACACGGAGAUCGAAUCAACACCAUAGACUUCACUUCAAAGAACGACAACAUCAUGGCCACGGGCUCCACAGACGGCACUGCUUCUAUUUGGGACCUACGAUGCUUGAAUGCAAACAAACCGACGCCAUUGGGGACCGUUGCGCAUAAACGAGCCGUCCACUCUGCUUAUUUUUCGCCCUCCGGGAAAUUUCUGGCAACAACAAGUCUUGAUGACAAUGUAGGCCUGGCAAGUGGAGCCAAUUAUGAAGAUGUAUCUAUGGUACAUCACAACAACCAAACAGGCAGAUGGAUAUCUACAUUCAGAGGUAUAUGGGGUUGGGAUGAUUCGGCCAUCUUCAUCGGUAACAUGAAGAGAGGAGUCGACGUCAUUUCUGUUGCUGGAAGAAAAACUGUUGCUACUUUGGAAAGUGAUCUUGUGUCUGCCAUUCCUUCACGGUUCGACGCGCACCCUUGCAGCAUUGGGACGCUUGCAGGCGCCACUGCCGGAGGGCAGGUUUAUAUCUGGACUCAGUCGUGAAGAAGAAU